UCUUCCUGUCAAAAGCAAAAAAAAAAGAUUUUCCUUUCCUUAUAUUAUUCUUGCUUGGUGAAUAGAAACAAUCUGUCUGUGUAGGUAUACCUUUCAAAAGGAAGGAACACAAAUCGACAAAAUUUCGCUCCUACGUGAAUUACUUAGGAGAAUCAUGGAAGACAAUGGAGAGGGCGAAGUCCCGAACAAUGCGCCGACAGGCGGAGGGGACGGUGGCGGCGGCGGAGCUCCUCCUGCCGCCAUUCCCGAGGUUGAUGAGGACGACACCGAUGAAGAGGAACAGCAAUUCGAUAUUGCUCUUGCUGCAUCACAUUCGUACAUGGGCCCUGGUCUGGUAGCAGUGAGCGGGCGGUCGGUGUUGGAAGCGGGCUGGCAGGGCCGCGUGCCCGUGGUGGCGCACCAUGGAGCCGUGUUCCCCGGCGAGACGGUCCCCAUGCGGCUGCCCAAUGCACACGAUGCAGCCGUACUCGCCAGAGCUAUCAAACAGGACAAGCUGUUUGGAUUGCUGUGUCCUGACGAGAGCGGCACGCUGGUGUCGGGCUACGGCGUGCUGUGCGAGGUGUUCGAGGCGGGCUCGGACGAGCCUCCCGCCGCGCUCACCUUCAAGGCGAGAGCUAAUCACCGCUUCAGGCUGCUCGAUAUGCCUACUCAUAGCGUGCCUAUACACAUAUACACCAGGAUGCGGUUCGUGGAGGUGGUGGUGUUGCCGGACAACCAGCCCUCGCAGCCGCUGCAGCGCGCGCGCCUGGCCAGCCUCGACCCGCUGCGGGCCCGGCCCAUCACACACCCCAUGGAGCGGCGCGUCCGCCAGAUGGACGCGAGCGUGACGCCGUGGCCGCUGUUCGUGUACGACAUGUUCCACUACCGCCGCAUGAGGCGCCGCAUCGAGGAGUACUUCCACUCCAUCAUAGACAAGCUGCCCGAGGACCCGGUGUCGCUGUCGUUCUGGACGGCGUCCAACCUGGCGCUGUCGGCGCGCGACCGCCUGGCGCUGUUCGUGGUGGACAACGCGCUGCUGCGGCUGCACAUGGAGACCGGCCUCAUCGCGCAGAAAAGCCUGCUGUGCUGCUCGUCGUGCGUGGGCGAGAUCGCGCACCGCGAGCACAUGUUCGCCAUGUCCAGCGACGGCGUGCACUCCAACUACACCAAUCUAGGCGGCUACAUGCACGACAUCGUGACGGUGUCGCAGGCGCACAACACGGAGCUGAGCGGCGCGCCGUCCGCCGAGUACUCGUGGUUCCCGGGGUACACCUGGACCAUCCUGCUCUGUGCCAACUGCAUGGCGCACGUCGGCUGGAGGUUCGACGCGAUGAAGCGCAACCUCCGGCCGCAGCAGUUCUACGGGCUGUGCCGCAACUACGUGCAGCCGCGCGCCGACCGCGCCGCGCCCGCCGCGCCGCCCGAGUGAAGCGGCCGCCAACUCGCCGCACAAGCACGAGCAUAUAAUAUUGUGUCGCUACGUCAUGAAAGAAGAGUUGUGUAUGUAGUGAAUCAAAACAUAUGAGUGUGGGAUUGUAGUGAGUCAAUACGUGUAUGGGGUCGCUAUGUAGUGAGCGAAAGCUUCAUAUAUGCAAUCACCAUUCACGACAUUGUGACUAAAAAUACAGUAAAGUUAAACCUCCCCUGUACUUGAGCGUACGGGGAAGCCGCGAUAAUUUUAGUUUAAGAGAUUGACUGACAAAGAAUCUUUGUAUAAUACAGAGGAAUGAUUGCUCAAUUGUAAUGAAUUUUAAGACGUUACUGAUCUCCUAGAAUAUUCCUUUUACAGAUCAUGUUACCAAUAACGGGAAUGAGUAUAUUUUCAAUGAGCAUUAAAUUUAAAAGAUAUUUAUAAGUAGACAAUGAAUAUGUGGAUAGGACAAUUUUACAGUAUAUAUGAAUUUUUUAUUGUUAAUGUUAUGUCAAUGUUUCUUUUUUUACACUACAAAUUAGUUAUUGGCAUUUAUUAAAAUUACUCAAUAUACAAAGAGAGGUUCAUAUUUUAUUAUGAAGGAACUCAAAAUUGUAUAUUGUAUAGAUAAAUAUAGAAUCAUGUGUGUAUUUCUCAAUUUGUAGUCGAGUGCAGCGAGAUUUAAUGUCAUUUAUAUUUGAUUUUUAAUUUCUCUUCGUUUAUAAAUGUCAUUUACUAAAACCGUAAAAAGUGAGCCCUGUGUACAAUGUCCUACAUUAAAAUCAUGAUUUGUUUGAAAAAAGAUUAUUUUACCCAAGUGCAUGAUGAAACUGCAUGAUGGUACCUAUUAAGAUUAUUUUAAGAGUCAUUAGGUAGAUCCUAGUCUUAGCAAUCAUUAUUGAUUUAUUAUUUUAAUCAUGCAAUGUAAAUACUUACCAUUGAUUUCUUACCGUCAAUGUUACCCAACUAUUAUAAGUGAAUAAAAUAUAUUGUUGGUAAAAUA